UUCGUAAUAAAAUUGUACGAUUUGUAAAGUUUCUUGAAGCGUAGGUAAGUCUUUCCAUAAUGUCAAAAUGUCAAUGAAAACUGAAUAAUAUUAUGUAUUUAGUUCGACAGUAGUCACACGUGACAAUAUGUCAAUAAAAUCCUAUUGGAAAAAGUACCUCCAAUUUGAUCACCCCAUACAAGCAAUGUGGCUACAAGAGGGCACCGUGUUCGGCCACGGCUCGGCUGUUUAUCAUCUAGACGAAAUUAUGACAGGCUUAUCUCUGAGCUCUACAGUUCUAGGUUUAACACAUAGGGACGGGAUGUCUGCAGAGCGGCAGGAUCAGAGGUUCAAGGUGUAGGCAUUUUCUUAAGAUAUCGGGCAGGUGCGUCACGAUAUUAAAACAAGUUCCUUUUCGUAAAUGUAAAGGAUGUACUAUCGAAAAACAAUUUACGUAUGAAGAUGUAUUACGAAUUACAAGCUUUUGCUUUUCCUGACAUACCUAUACAAAUCAAAUUGCUGACCAUCUUAAUAUGCAACAGCGAGCCUGAACCAUGCUGAUAUGCUCUGUAAAAUGAGCUCCUACAUCGUAGAAUAAGCGGCAACACAGAGACAGCACAGCGCGUGCGCGAAUCGGGCGCUUGCGUGCAGGAUCCGGCAAUGGCCCCUCUGCGCGGGCGGAGUGCGGGCGACGGGCCCCACGCUGAGGUCGCGAAGCACUAACUGCACUCGCCCUAUUAGUGUGGACUUGCUGCUCCGUCCUCCGUGCGGGGCCCUCGUGCAUGCGGGGCGAACGCCUCCACUGCAGCUGACAGCUGUAAUGUCGAGUACCGUCGCCGUAUAAGCGAGCAAAGGGUAUCCGUACGGCGGAUGGCAGCCAGUGGCGGCAGUGAGCGGCGCCCUAGACGAGGGCCCGCACCCAUCGCUUCGUUUGAUCACGACGUCUCUGACGAGUCGAGUCCAGAAACAAAACAAACAUUCCGACUUCCUGAGAUCCGCGAGGAUGCCGGAGGCGGCCUCGCUCCGCCCGAGCAGCGUGCGCGCUCGCACUCGUCACCGGCCGUGGGACUGCAGGCGCCUGCCGCGCCGCGAAUUGACAUCUCUCGUGCCUCUAGCUCUAGUCACCACGACUCCCGCGACAGCUCACCCGAAUUGGCGCUCUUCGUCGGUGCUGGCUCCGGCGAGGAGAGUCGUGCGAAGUUGGAGCUCGGUUUCCGGGAAGACGGAGCCCUCGAUUUGCGCUCUUCUACUGAGGAACUCGCUUUUCUAGAGAACAUACCCGUUAAUGGAGAAACUCGAGCACCACUCACCGCCCCUUCGUCGCGGAGACAUUCUCGAAAAGAUAGUCAAGGUUCGGAGGCUGCGCUGUUGGCGGUCUCAGGACGAACGAGCCGACUCUCUAGUGUUGGCUCUCAGUGCUCCGCCCAUUCGGCUGUGUCGGCAUUCAGCCAUACAAGUCGGGUUUCAAGACUAUCGGUUGUGUCUGGCAUGUCACGUUCGCCGUCACCUCACAAGAUGUUGCUAGAGACUUCGUUCUGUGGGCCAAAGCCGAUAGAAACGGAUCCCGAAAUUUGUGCAGCCGUAGUCGAAGAAAGACUGCUAGAAAUAGCUAAGUUAUCAAGCGAAGCGACAUCGUCGGCGCCUCCUGUAGAUGCGCGCGACCGAAGAGAAAUUCGGACAGAAGUUACACUGGAGAGCUCCAGCUUUCGAGCUACGACGUUGACUAAAGCAGUUCCUCAUGUCCCGUCGGCACCAGAACAAACCCAAAAAUCUGUAACAGCGCCUGUACCGUCAUUGGCUUCUACUACGGAGACGACGACAGAAACAAUAUCUGCAGCAAUACAUCCCCUUAUCACGGUACCAGCUGAUGAAGAAAAGAGGCUAAAAGAGACGCGGAACCGUGCUCGUGUAGAAGAGCGUAAAGCGAGAUCCAAGGAAAGCCGACAUCAAGCAGAGCCAGAGGUCUAUAAAACUUCUAAUAGAUCAAAAGAUAUUAUUCGUAUUAGACUCAAACCAGAUGACGAAUAUGACGAAGUUGACGAGGAAAGUGACCGUACGUUAAUAGGUAUAGAGCCGGUUCGAAAACCGGCUACUUUGGAAUUAAACGAUAAUAGCGCGCCAAUAUCGCGACCAGCAAGUGGCUCGGACUUGCUGGUCAUCACCCCACAGACGACGCCCAGGCGCCGCGACAGCCGCACGCCUUCUCCUAGCGGUGUGGCCGUAUCACGCAAAUCUUCGUUUUGUUCUUUAUUCAAAUCAAAGGAGACCAUAGCUUCCCCAGAUUCACCAGAUGCACUUAAACGAAAGAAAAGUCUUAACGAAGGCCGUUCUCGCAGUAAGAGCAGAGAUCGCUCCGUCACACCUACGUCUACGGGGAAAAUAAAAGGUUCCGUAUUAUCGCUAUUUAAAACACCGCGAAAGAGCGCGACGUCACCGUCGGCGAGUUCAAGAGAUGCCUCGCCGGUGGUGCAAUCGCAGCGACAAUUUCCUCAAGGGCCAUCUGAUCACCAACGGGGGGAAAAACUUAAAUAUUAUGAGGAAUCUAAGGAAGGUAUUAUUCACAUUCCUUUGCACACACCACCCGACGAGUUGGACAGCGUGAGCGACAAAACGGAACUCAAGACGCACGAGGUUCCUCGCCCUUCCUCAGCCCCGCAAAUCAGGUCGACAUCGGUAACUCCCGUAUCUUCCGCCUCUUCAACUAAACCUGCACAGCGAACGGUAUUACCCGACGGAAGCAUUAUUAUUCCGUUACAUUCUCCCACAGAGAAAACGUCAAAUGCAUCGAUCCCAUCUGAAUUAUCGAAAACAGUUCAUAAUAGUAUAGUAAAAGAGGACCAAAUCUUACGCGAAACAAAAGUUAUAAACGAUAAUUCAUCGAUCAAUAAGAAUCAACAUUUCCCCGACGACGCGGCGUCCAUCCCGGUGGACCCGCUCAAGGCGAAACGUAGAGAUCGCCUAACGUUCACGACGCACGUCGGAAGCCGGGAACAAGUAUUCAGCACUCAGUUCAGUAUAACAAAAACACCAAGCAUCACGAGCGAAAUAUCGGGCUCCAUCCCGAGUUUUCCGGAGAGCGAAGACGUGAGGAUUGCACAAACGGAACAGGAGCCGGACGCGCCGGUCAUCGAAAACAACAACUUAGGUCGCGCUUCGGUCGACCGCAGAGUUGACGAGUCGCUCGGCGAAGUGGAGAGUCUCGAAUACCCGACAGAGAGCCUCGAAGGAUCAGGACCGGGAACUCCGCAAGAUCCCGGACGCGAUUCGUCGGAAUCGGAGGCCGGAUCGGACGCUGUCACACGCGGCGGAAGCGAUGCGGAGCGGCGUGGGCUCGUCGUUCAGGAGUCAUUUGAGGAGUUGCCGUACGUGCCGACUACUCUGCCGCAAGAGCGCUCUUUGGCCGUGCCCAUCGUGCCGGUGCGCGAACGCGGAGGGGUAAGCGUGGCGGGCGUGCGGCGGCCGCGAGCCUCGAGGGCGACCAACGCUCCCCCCUCGGCCCCGCUGCCGACCAACGCUCCACCACCGACAUCGCUGCAACCCGCUCCGCCCUCCGCCCCACCCGUCGUCCCGCGCCUUCACAUCCGUCUGCCUCGACGGCCGAGGGCCGCCUCGACCUCAGCAGCACCGCCCCGCCUCGAGAGACCGCGAACUCGCAGCGGCAGUGAGGUGGGAUCGUCACGCAAAGGAGAGUGGAUUGAUUUCUCGGAGGUGCCGGAGAGACGGAAGCAGCCCAAACGCAUCCAAACGCUGCCGGCGGAAGGUCGCGAAGCGCUGAGCUACGCGCCGCCUGAACGAUGCCGUUGCGAGUGCCACGCCAACCCUUCGCCGCUGCCCGCCGACGCACAACUCUUCACACUCGAGUCGGCCGAGGAAGAGCCGCAGAGAGGAGCCGCGCCCUUCACCGCCGACUUGGACCUCCACAACCGCGACGAUAGCGCGAGUCUUCCGACGACCGAGAGAUAGAGAGAAAUAAGCGAAGAGCUACCGACGAAGGAAUCCUCGUCCCCGCUCCAAUCUUUUUAUCGUAUUCUCUAUUACCUAGAACCGAGCGGUUAUCGUUUCGAAGGUGUAAAUUUACCCUCUAGAUAUUAUAUUUAUAGAUUCCUUUGUAAUUCCUAUUCGCUACCGUUGACCUUCGAUUUUGAAUGUUUAUAACUGUUAGUCUUUCGAUUCGACGAAUCGUAUCACGCGACGGAGUUCAUUUUGAGAUUUUAUUGAAUCUCUCGACAUCGAAUCGAUCGACGCCAGACUAAGAACGAAUCGACCCUAAAGAGAUAUCACAAAUAUAUUAAUUUUUUGCUUUC